CUGCAUUACGUGAAGAAAUAAUCAAUUCAUUAGUAUUUGGUGGGAAUUUAAAAUCAUCAGUGAAGACUCGUUGGAGCACAUCUUGGGAUGUUUGUGAAUCAAUUUUACGCCUUGAAACAAAUAUUAAAUUUGCAAAACAACCUGAAAUCUUUGUAAAUGCAAAUGCCAUCAAGGUUAUCCUUCAAAAUCGUGAAUUCUGGCAUGAUGUUGAACAAUUAAAAGUAAUAAUUGGUCCAGCAAAACGUGCAACAAAGGAUCUUGAAUUUUCAACAACUACUUUAUCUGAUUGUUUUUUAGAAUUGAUAAAAUUAGCAAGUGAAAUAUCAAAAAUUCCUAUUCAAAAUGCAGAUCUUAAACAUUCAUGUAUUGCAAUAUUUAAUAAAAGGUGGAGUGAAUUCGAUAUUGAUAUUUAUAUGUUAGCAUUUUUCUUAAACCCUAAGUACCGUGGUAUAAAUGUAUCAAAAACUGCACUUAGUAUUUGGAAAAAUCAAGGUGGUGGUAAAACAAGCUCUGAUCUUUUGUUAGUACAGCUAAGUCUAUAUAGAAAUUUUGAAGAACCAUUCAAUGAAAUCUAUUUAGAUGGUAUUAAUACUCCUAUAAAUUGGUGGACCUCUUUGGAACUUAAAAAAAAUGAGGAUUGCAUUAGAGUACUUGCUUUAAAAUUACAUUCCAUUGUUCCUCAUAAUGGGGCAUGUGAAAGAGUAUUUUCUGUGUUGGGAUGGUACUUAGGAAAAAGAAGAACAAGAAUUAACAUUGAAAGGUUGCAAUCCAUAGCACAAAUUCAUUCUUAUCUUGUAACAAAUGCAAAAGAUGAGUUGAAAUACUUAAAUGAAGAAAUUUCAGUUGAAGAACUUGAUGAAACAUUUAACCAAAUUGCUUUAUCAAUUACCAAUGGAAAUGAUCUUUUUGGACAAGAUGAUAAUCUUGAAGAUGUUAGUCAUCUUGAUGAUAAUUGUGAUGAAGAGGUUAUAAAUUUGGAUGGUGUUAAUGAUAGCCAUUUAAUUAUUACUGAAAGCAUUGAUUUGAAUUCAAGUUUAUUGUCUAAUAAUAAUAUUUUAUCAAAUGAAAUUUAUGAAGAAAAUGAUAUUGAUCAUGGAGAUACAAAUUUUGACAUUGAUGAAUUGUUAGAUAAUCAUAAUUUUGAUUAA